CUGGAUUUCCCAUCCAUUUCUAUUCCUGUGACAAUGGUCAGGAUAAAUCCAAAUAGCUCAGCCCACUCAGGGGAGUUAGAUCAUUGCAAUUUAACCAUAGGCCAGGAACAGGGGCGGACUGACAACUCAUUGAGCCCCCGGGCAAUAGGGGAUCAUGGGGCCCGUGUCCUUGCCCAAACUCAAAAAAGCCUAUGAAUAAGGUACCAGGGGCAUCUCAUGGGGCCCCCUACUGACCCCGGGCUCUCGGACAGUGCCCAAGUUUCCAAAUGGUCAGUCCGCCCCUGAUGGAUAUA